GAACCAUAGAAAACGAUGUUGACAGAAAGAAGGCAAAGCUACAGAAGCAGAAGAAGACAAUAAAAUAUCUUUGUUCGAGAUUUUUCCUUAAGCGCGUUUUAGCUUCUCUGUCUCCUUCAUUAUAUAUUCCUCCUCAUCGAGUUCCCCACGUCUAUCUGCUUCUCUCUAAUCUCUCCAAAUAUCUCUCCAAGUAACAAAACAGAACAGCAAAACAGAGAGAUAGACUUUACAGGUAUGUUGCUGUCCUCUUUCAUUAUUAUAUUCUUGUAAAUUUAGUUUAUAUGUUUUGUUUUGUUGACGACAAGUGUCUAUAACUCUCUGUCUGACACAUUCUCUCUUAGCUGUUUUCUUUUUAUAAAUAAAAUCUCUGUUUUUUAAAAUACGUUUGAUUCUUUCGAGUUUUUGUUGAGUUCUCUCGGUCCUUUCUGUCUUUUCCUUCUCAUUUCUCUGCCAAAGUUCUUAACUUGAUUCGACCAGUCUUUCUGGUGACUGUUUGUAAUUCACGUUUUUGGAUAUGUAUCCGACGGAUCCUGAUUAUCACCACCAUGAUCAGACGGCCAACGAUAGAUCACCAAGUUACUUUGUUCGGCUAGAUAAACCAAGAGCUGUAGACGAUCUUUACAUAGGAAAGAGAGAAAAGAUGCGUAGGUGGUUGUGCUGCGCUUGCCACAUCGAAGAGCCUCACCACACUUCUGAAAAUGAUCACCAUGGAAUCCCUAAGCACCACAACGGGCACAAUAAAACCACCCAACAGGUUGCUGUGAGGCCUGAUGCUUUAAACGUACCUCCAGCUAUUGAUAUCCCUGCAUUGUCGUUGGAAGAGCUGAAAGAAAAGACUGAUAACUUUGGAUCAAAGGCAUUGAUCGGUGAAGGAUCAUACGGAAGAGCCUACUAUGCAACUUUGAAUGAUGGGAGAGCUGUGGCGGUCAAGAAGCUUGAUAACUCAGCUGAGCCUGAAUCAAACUUUGAGUUCUUGACUCAAGUCUCAAGGGUUUCAAAGCUGCAGCAUGAUAACUUUGUUCAGUUAGUUGGUUACUGUGUUGAAGGGAAUCUCCGUAUUCUUGCGUAUGAGUUUGCAACUAUGGGGUCUUUACAUGACAUCUUACAUGGGAGGAAAGGAGUCCAAGGAGCACAACCAGGUCCAACGCUUGAUUGGAUGCAACGAGUGAGAAUAGCAGUUGAUGCAGCUAGAGGGCUUGAGUAUCUACACGAGAAAGUUCAACCUGCGGUUAUACAUAGGGAUGUUCGGUCUAGCAAUGUGCUUUUGUUUGAAGAUUUUAAAGCAAAGAUUGCUGAUUUUAAUCUAUCGAAUCAGUCUCCUGAUAUGGCUGCUCGGCUUCAUUCUACUAGAGUUUUGGGAACCUUUGGUUACCAUGCACCAGAGUAUGCCAUGACUGGUCAACUGACACAGAAGAGUGAUGUUUAUAGUUUUGGUGUGGUGCUUUUGGAGCUCUUGACUGGUAGAAAGCCAGUUGAUCAUACUAUGCCACGUGGUCAACAAAGUCUUGUCACUUGGGCCGCUCCAAGGCUGAGUGAAGACAAGGUGAAGCAAUGUGUUGAUCCAAAACUCAAUGGAGAUUAUCCUCCUAAAGCAGUUGCGAAGGUAGACAAAAAGAAUAGCUUAACUGUUUUUUCUAUGGUUUCAUAUUUAGCUUGUGAAACCACUUUUGAAGCUAAUCAUGAAAUGUUUUCUUCUUCUUUUUUUCUUGUGUUUUCAGCUUGCAGCUGUUGCAGCCUUGUGUGUACAAUACGAAUCAGAGUUUAGGCCGAACAUGAGCAUUGUAGUAAAAGCUCUACAACCAUUGUUGAAGUCAUCAAGGUCAUCAACAGAAGCAGCUACUCCAUCCCAGGAAAUUUGAUUCUUUUAUGUGAUAAUGGGAGAGUAGUUUUUGUUUCAUGUGUUGCAAAUACUGUUAUUCAGUGUCUUUUUCUUGAGGCUUAUAUCUUCUUCUCUUCUUAUAUGUUUAUUAGUAGUGUGAUUUGGUGUGUCUUGACAAUUGUUUUGUUUGAUACUUACAAAAGUAUUCUAUAUAUAUUGGAGUUUUUUUUUUU